UCCUGGGAGAAAAUUAGGGAUUUGAGAUGGAAACAGGGUGCUGAGAGAGAGAGGAGGGGGGAGAAGGACUAGGGUUUGGGAGAUUGGAGCUCUCUCGAGCCUAAUGGCGGCGAAGAGUAGGCAGGAGCUUGGAAUUGAAGGCCAGAGGCACCUGGAGGAGACCAUCAACGCGGCGUUCCAGAUCCUCUCCUCCAUGAACGAUGAGCUUUGCAACCCCGCCCUCUGGUCCACAUCCCCCGCCGCCACCCACCCGCCGGCCAGCGGCGACGGCUCCUCCGACUCCUCCCACCCCUCGGAGGCGUCCGCCGGCGGAGCAGGUGGAGGUGGCGGGGGAGCGCUUGAUGAGGCCCGCCUCCGCUACAAGUCCGCCAUCGCGAACCUGCGUGCUGUCAUUGCCGCCGUUCCAAGCUCCCCCCAGGAGACAGGUGCAUUGGAUGCCAAAGCAGAUCCAGCUGAAAUAGAAAGAUUAGAAGAGCGUGUUUCUGCUCUAAGAAAGGAGCUUGAAAACAAGAACAAGCACCUUAAGCAUCUUAUUGAUCAACUUCGAAAUCUGAUUACUGACAUAUCAAUGUGGCAAAGUCCCUGUUCAGCAUGAAUCUCGAGCUAGAUGAUUCGCAGUUUCCUUCAAGUCUCUUUUUUUCCCCACUUAUUUUGUAUACAAUUUUUAGAAAUUCAGCUGUUGUAAUUUUUUUAUGUCGGAACUAUGUGAAUUUUAUACUUUGCAUCUAUCUACAAUUGGACAAGGAAGAAAAGAGAAGAAACAAUAUUUCUUAGGUAUUGCAUCUAUUAAGUAUCUUUGGUUUGAUGUUA